UAAAGCCGCUGUUGAGGGUGCGCGCACGGCCGCGGCAGCCGCCGAACAAAGGAGCAGGGCACAGCCGCCGGGACCCGCCACCGACCGCCCGGGCCGCGCCGGCCCGCCGCCAGCCGCCACCAUGACCGCCAACGGCACGGCCGAGGCCCUGCAGAUCCAGUUCGGGCUCAUCAAUUGCAACAACAAGUACCUGACGGCCGAGACGUUCGGGUUCAAGGUGAACGCCUCGGCCAGCAGCCUGAAGAAGAAGCAGAUCUGGACGCUGGAGCAGCCGCCCGAUGAGGCGGGCAGCGCCGCCGUGUGCCUCCGCAGCCACCUGGGUCGCUACCUGGCGGCCGACAAGGACGGCAACGUGACCUGCGAGCACGAGGCGCCCGGCGCCGACUGCCGCUUUCUCAUCGUGGCGCACGACGACGGUCGCUGGUCGCUGCAGUCCGAGGCGCACCGGCGCUACUUCGGCGGCACCGAGGACCGCCUGUCGUGCUUCGCUCAGACCGUGUCGCCGGCCGAGAAGUGGAGCGUGCACAUCGCUAUGCACCCGCAGGUCAACAUCUACAGCCUGGCCCGCAAGCGCUACGCACACCUGGGCGCGCGGCCGGCCGACGAGAUCUCGGUGGACCGCGACGUGCCCUGGGGCGUCGACUCGCUCAUCACGCUGGCCUUCCAAGACCAGCGCUACAGCUUGCAGACGGCCGACCACCGCUUCCUGCGCCACGACGGACGCCUGGUAGCGCACCCUGAGCCCGCCACCGGCUACACGCUGGAGUUCCGCUCCGGCAAGGUGGCCUUCCGCGACUGCGAGGGCCGCUACCUGGCGCCGUCGGGGCCCAGCGGCACGCUCAAGGCGGGCAAGGCCACCAAGGUGGGCAAGGACGAGCUCUUCGCCCUGGAGCAGAGCUGCGCCCAGGUCGUGCUGCAGGCGGCCAACGAGAGGAAUGUGUCCACGCGCCAGGCGCACCCCACCCCACCCCCGUCCCCACGCCUCCCGCCCUUCCUCGCCCGCGGCAAUCCCGAGCGACGCCCGGUGCGCCCCCGCUGGGCGCUCAGACCACCCCACCCGGCCGCGGAGCUGGGUCUUCAGUUCCAGGGCGGAGCGAGGGGUCGCCUCCGGCGCGGGGCGCGUUCGCGCUCCCUAAGGGCCGCCUUUCGCGGGCGGGAUGGGGAGUCCUUUGGUCUCCGCGGGGUGCGCGUCCACGUCCCCCGGCCCCUCCUCCCGCGUCCGCCCCGCGCUCGAGGCCGCGGCCUUUGUGAGCAGGGGGCGGGCUCCUCGACAGGGCCCUCCCUCGCCCCCUUUGUCCUGCUCGGUCUCUGCGGAUGGGAAAACCAGAUGAGGCUGGGCGGGGAGGGAGUCGGCUUUCUGCGGGUCCCCCCUUCUGGGAACCCCCCCGCGCCGCACCCCAACCCCGGGCCGGGUGUUCCGUCCGAAGCCGCCCCACGGCCUCCCUGCUCGCGCCCAGGUCCAGGGCGGCGUGGCGGGGAUGGCGGCCCGCCAGGCACCCCGCCCUGCGGCUCGCGGCCGGUGCGCUCUGCUCCGUGGGUGCCCGAGAGCGGUCCCAGCGUGAGCCGGGAGACUCCAGCCAGGCACCCUCGGAAAGUGCCCCCCACCCCCACCCCCCGCUCCGCCCCAGCGAAGCCUCUGAAUGUCUUGUUCUAG